AUGACCUCGUUCACUGGAGAUGAGUCUCCACUGCAGGUGGAAGAUUGGCUGGAGGAAGUAAAAGGUAUGACGACCUUAAAUCGAUGGCCGUUCGAGUACGUGUUACAGUACGUCCGUAUGCAUUUAACCGGUCCGGCCAAGGAUUGGUUUACUGGCCGUGAGUUUUCCGAUUGGGGCGAAUUGGAGCGGAAGUUCCGCCUAGUAUUCAUGCAUGAUGCGUGUGCGGCCGACCGCGAAGACGAGAUGCGUGCGCGGAAGCAAGGGUCUAAUGAGACUCUCAUUUCGUAUAUGCAGCCCAAGCUCCGCAUGUGCCGCGGUAUCGGACAUACUUUUGCGGUGUCUAAAGAUUACGUCUUGCGAGGACUGCGGUCGAAGGAAAUGGCCUUGUACGCCGUUGGGCGGACACACGCCCACGAAGAAGACCUGCUAGGUGACCUAUUGAAUUGGGAACGCAUGUCUUCCUUGCAUGCUUCGGCGGUUGUGCCGAAAUAUUUUGCUCCGCAAAACGCGAGAGGAGCUCCAGUCCGUCCGCUACCGAAAAAGAAAACGGAAGAGAAGGUGAAUCCGAAUAAGUGGAAAAAGUUCGAUAAGACCGUCGUGGAGGCGAGUGGGUCAAACCGUGAGGCGUCCUUCUCCAGCUGUUGGGUGUGCAAGAAAUCCGGACAUUUGUCACACGACUGUCCAGACAAAGCGAGUCGCAAACCCGUGUGUUUCGGGUGUGGGGAUGAAGGGCACAUUCGACCCAACUGUCCGGAGAGAAACCAGACUAAUUUCGCUGAAGUAAGAACUGUGACAUCAAGCCAUCCAUAUAAGAAAGUUGGACUUGUAAAUGAUAAAGAAGUAGAAGUGUUACUGGAUACGGGCAGUCACUACUCCCUUAUAAAGGCGACCGUCGCUAUACGGUGCGGCUUGAACAUUAGGCCCUCCGCACGUCCGCUUUACGGAAUCGGGAGUACGACCGUGCCGUCGGUGAGCGCCAUUGGCGAAGCCGAAACAAAUGUAGUACUUGACGGUGUUGACCCGGGUAAGGUCCUGUUGCUUGUGGUGCCGGACGCUGUCCAGGCUCCAGAGAUGAUUGUCGGGCGGUCGUGGUUGGACAGCCCGUCGGUGGCGUACCACAAGGCCCACGGACGCCUAUACAUAUAUAACGCAGAGGCGAGAUCGGACGGUAUGGUGGUCGGAGUAACUAGUCACGCUAGGGAAGCUGACUAUCUACACGUCGCGGAAAUCGGCCCCGACCCGCCAGUACGCCAAGAGUUAGAAUUGAGCGACUUUGAGUUUGUUAGCACGGAAGCAACUUCGGAAGAACGAGGCGACCUGCUACUCCUUGUCAACGAAUACCGAAGCUGUUUUGCCAAGAGUUUGGACGAACUCGGAUGCACGCCGUUAAUGCGUGUUGACAUACAAGAGGUGCCUGGUAGUUUGCCUGUCUGUGCCGCCCGUACAAGACGACACAAGCGGACCGUGAAGAGAUCCAUCGUAUAG